CUUUGAAUGAACAAGAAAGAAAGGGCGGCACGUGAGUUUGGGUGGUCUGAGAUUGUGUUUGGCACGAGCCUUUUUUACUCAUUUGCCCCCAAAGAGAAAAACCCAGAAACAUGGAAAAGGUCGAAUCUUUAAACCAUGGAAGCAUGAUAUGAAUUUUUAGUAUACAAAAGAUAGGAAAAUCGAAUUUCUCAUGUCGAGAUCAUUGAUACAACGCAUUUCUCCAUUUUUAAUAGCUCGAAUCAAACAAAACCACAAACUUCUAAGGUCAUCUUUUUAUUCUUCUUCGUCUUCAGCUCUUCAUGAGGCUUCUUCUGAAUCCUGUCAAUCUCCAUCUCCUUCUGUCGAUGCUAUUCACAUAACUGAUAAUUGCGUCAAGAGAAUGAAAGAGUUGCAAGCAAGUGAAGACACAUCCAAGGAAAAGAUGCUUCGAUUGAGUGUUGAAGCCGGAGGAUGUUCUGGGUUUCAAUAUGUUUUUGAUCUGGAUGACAAAACCAAUCCAGAUGACAGUGUUUUUGAGAGGGAAGGAGUAAAAGUGGUAGUUGAUAAUAUUUCCUAUGAUUUUGUGAAGGGAGCAACUGUCGAUUAUGUUGAGGAGUUAAUUCGUUCUGCAUUCGUGGAAAAGUGGACUAAUCAUCAUCAAGUUUGGCCUGAUAAGACAAGGUUUUGUUGUUCUAUACCAGAAACUGAGAUGUCUAAAUUCUAUUUAUGGUAACAACAAAUCCUAGUGCAGUUGGAGGGUGCAGUUGUAAAAGUUCAUUCAUGGUGAAACAGUAGGCCUUUCAAGUAGGCUGCCCAUACUUCCAGUGAGGCUGAGAGUUUCAGUUGGCUGAACGAGUCACCAAAUCAUUUUUCUACCAGAUUUUUUUAUCAUAACAAUUAUUUGGAUACAAAACAUUAUGCAUACUUUAUGUAUAAAAUCAUAAUGUAGCGAGCCACUGCUGCUUUGCUGUUAACCAGGAACUCCAAGGUUAUGUUAACGAGUUUGAUUAUCUUAAGUCCUUGUUCUCCAAUUGAUACUUUUUCUCCUGCU